ACCGGAGGGUCGAGGACGGAGCGAGCGAGCGACGCUGUCAAAAAGAGGGCUCGGCGCGGGACCGGCGACGGGAUAACGCCUGUUUUGAACUCUGUCUGGUGGCCUGAAAGUCAUGAAGACAAAUGAGUUCGACUCCUCGUCUGACGAGGAGGUUGGAGAAGAGCAACUGACACCAUUUCACGUCUCUUGGUUGCCGCUGGCUGUGGCUGAGUGCUCCCAGUUUCUGGGUAUAUGUCCAUUACCAGGGUGCAAAUACAAAGAUAUCCGGAGAAAUCUGCAAAGAGACGUUGAGGAACUCAAAAACCAGGGUGUGCAGGACGUGUUUGUUUUCUGCACCAGAGGUGAGCUUCACAAGUACCGGGUCCCCUCCCUGCUGGGGACUUACCAGCAGUGGGGCUUCAAGGUCCAUCACAUGCCUUUCCCCGACGGGGAAACUCCUCAACUGGACCAGUGCUGCCAGAUCCUACAGGAGCUUCAGACCAACCUGGAGAACAACAAGAGGACGGUAAUCCACUGCUUUGGAGGUCUGGGGCGCUCUGGAUUAAUUGCUGCCUGUCUGCUGCUCCAGCUGUCUGUGACCAUGACUGCAAACAAAGCCAUCGAGAUCCUCCGGGAGCACAGAGGAAGUGGAGCCAUACAGACUGUUAAACAAUAUAACUUCCUCCAGGAGUUUCGGGAAAGGUACGCAGCCUACCAAGAGAGUAUGGACAUUGAGAUAGAGCGCGCCAUCUCCCGAUGAGCCCCGACCUCUCGCCGGGCAGUCCAUCUUACGUGACAGGUGCAGCAUAAGCAGGCGAAAAUCAAUGUAUCAGCAUCUGUUUUCCUGUGUGAUUACAUUCUCUGGUAAUUGCUCUUUAAAAGAAUAAUAUAUUACUGUUGCGACAUGCUUUGCUUUUCCCAACAUGUGCAGAACUGCUUUUUGUUCAUCUAAAUUAUAACCAAAUAAAAAUAUUUGAG